CGCCGGGCUGGGGUUUGCGCCGCGGUGUCCUGCGGGGUCGUCCGCUUCUGUCGCAGCCGUCGCAGCCGGGACCGGAGCGUGCCCCCCGCCCGUCAUGCCGAUGAAGGCCGUGUGCGUGUUGAGGGGCGACGGCCCGGUGCGGGGCACCAUCAACUUCGAGCAGAAGUGCAGGGAAAAUGGGCCAGUUGUGGUAUCAGGAUGCAUUACAGGACUGACUGAGGGCCUGCAUGGAUUCCACGUUCACCAGUUUGGAGAUAACACACAAGGCUGUACCAGUGCAGGUCCUCACUUUAAUCCUCUAUCCAAAAAACAUGGUGGGCCAAAGGACCAAGAAAGGCAUGUUGGAGACCUGGGCAAUGUGACUGCUGGCAAAGAUGGUGUGGCCAAUGUGUUGAUUGAAGAUUCUCUAAUCUCACUCUUUGGAGACCAUUCCAUCAUUGGUCGCACAAUGGUGGUUCAUGAAAAAGAAGAUGACUUGGGCAAAGGUGACAAUGAAGAAAGUACAAAGACUGGAAACGCUGGAAGUCGUUUGGCUUGUGGUGUCAUUGGGAUCGCUCAGUAAACAUUCCCAGUAACGCAUCUGUUAAUCCUGCUAGCUGUAGAAAUGUAACUUGAUAAACAUUAAACACUGUCAUGUUACAAGUGUAAUUGCGUGACUUUUUUAAAAUUGCUUUAAGUACUUGUAAUGAGAACUGACUUAUGAUCACUUGGAAGAUUUGUAUAGUUUUAUAAAACUCAUAUACUAAUUAAAAUUGUUUCAAUGAUCUUUGUAUUUUGCCAGACUUAAUCAUAGAUGGGUAUUAAACUUAAUGUCUGAAUUUCUUCAAUUCUCAUUCAAGCCUGUGAAUCAAUACCCUGAUAUGGUAAUUUUGAGCAUAUUAAAGUAUCCAAAUUGAAAUUCUAAAUUAGCUCUGAUACCCAUGUAUAUAGAGAACCUGAAUGGAAUGGAUUUAAUAACAUUCAUAGCACUCUUUCUUUGAAAGUGUUUCAAGUGAGACCGUCAGAAUGUGUAAAUUUGUAGCAGCAGGUCUUUUAGCUGAACCCAAACUUUGAUCUUAGACAAAUAGGCUGUCCUUUGUCAGCUUCAGGGAGAUUUCCCUUCUGUUACUUAGCAUUUUGAUUCAUAAAGUAUCUAUUUACUUUAAAAGAAUAGAGGUUAUGGUUUAAAAGAGCCCUUUGGUAACUUUUAGUGAACUUGUAAAAGGCAAGUUAUAGCCUCAGCUAGCUAAGCAUGAUUAUCUGUGAGAACAGCACAUACUCUAAAGGUUGGCACAACUGCUUUCAGAUUAGCCCUUUAAAGAAGUCUAUCAGCUGUGGAACAAGGAAACGUCUGAUUGGGUGCUCUGGCUGCUUAAGUAGUGAAAUCACACUUCUUAAUGUAUAUAUGCACCUGUGAAAAUGCUUUUAAAUGAAAUGUCAUGCUAACUCGAGUUUGAUGAUGUGGAUUACAAUUGUUCCACUGAAAAUUGUAGAAUAUUCUGAAAGAACCAGGAAUAAACGAAUCCUGUUCAUUUGCA